AUGUAUGCAGGUAGCUCUACAACAUCAAAACAAAAGUCCAAGGCUUGUUGGGCUUUACAUAAAUCAAAAAUACACCAACCUGAUGGAGGAGUCAUCAAAGAAAGUAUCAAGAGUGCAUUUCAAAUGAACGUCCUAGCAGAGAACAAAAAGAAGGAGAGGGAAAAAGAAAUUAUUCUUGACUACUUCAAAAUUCAAAUGGAAAAUCAAAAGUGUUAUAGUAAUUUGAAACUUGAUGAAGUCUUACUCAAUAUUUAUAAUCGCCAAACUGUUAGCCAAUCCAAAAACUUCCAGCUUGUUCAAGAAAAUAGAUAUUUAAAAGGACAAGUGGCACGAUUAGAAAGAAACAAUGAGGAGUUGAAGAAGGAUAAAAAGCCAUGGCAUGGUCGGGUGCUCAAACCUAUUUUAGUUAAGCAACAGCAACAAGUGAACCAUGGGGUCAUGGGGAAAACUAAAAAAUAA